AGUUUCGUGCUUCGCUGUCUGUUUGUAUCCUAUAAAAAUCCGCUCUAUUAUCCUACCUUUGUACCCAUUUCUUAAACUGAACCAUACCACAAACCGCCCUCUACCGCUCUCUACCCCAUCCUUCCUCUAAAACCCCUGAAAUAAACAAUCUCCCCCAAAACCCCCACAAUGGCCUUCUUCAAAAAAUUCAAAGAGCAAGCCGAGGUGCUGAAAGCCUCCAUGGACGACAAGAAAGAAGAGAAGAAGCAUGAAGGGGGAUAUCAGCCCCAGGCGCAGUAUGGCGAGCAACAGCAACAGCCCUACGCCCCUACGCCCCCUUCCGCUCCAGCUCAGCAACAGCUCCCGCCCGGCUGGACCGCGCAGUUCGACCAAGGCAGCCAGCGCUGGUUCUACGUCGAGGUCGCGACGGGGCGCUCGCAGUGGGAGGCGCCGUUUGCGCUGCCACCGGGCGAGGGGCCAAAGGGGGAGCAUAAGGAGGAGAAAGAGAGUAAAGGGGAGAAGGAGAAGGAAGAUCCCAAGAAAAAGAUUAUCAAGGGGAUUGGCGGGUUGUUGAAGAAAAAGAAGGAGAAGAAGCGCCGUGGAGGGGAGCGCGGCGAGGAGCGGGGCGAGGGGGAGUAUGGCGAGGAGCGUCGGGAGGGAGAGUACGGUGAGUUAGAUAUGUUUGGUGUGCUUUUGGUGCGGAUUGCUGACUGAAAGAUUCAGGGGAAGAGGGCGAGAUGUCAAGCAGCGACGCCGAGUCGGUUGCGUCGGCUCGAGAGUCCCUGCGAGAAGCGGAGGAGGCGGCUGCGCGGUCCGAUGCUGGGAGCAGCGAGCGGGAGGAGCUGGAGGAAGCGCGGGAGGAGUAUGCAGAGGAGGUUGAGGAAGCUGAGGAGUGAUGGCUGAGUUGGGGAAGUUUCAAGCGUUGGGGAAGUUUAGGUGGCUCUUUGGACUUUAGAUAUCUAGUGAGCAUGCUUGUCUUGAAUGGAUAGAUUAUGGAUCCCGAAAUUGAGGC